UAAACAUCAUUGCCACCUGACCUGAUUUUGUUCGUUGCCAGAAGUGUUAAACAUCCCACACUAGUGUGAAAAUUCACUAUGCAACAUCAACGAGGUGUGACAAUACUUACUUAGAUGUGCAUUUUGAAUAACAUUAUAGAGUGAAAAAACAGACCAAAGUAGACUGCAAGAAGAAGCCAGCCUUAACGCCACGUACUAGGCGUGACAUAUAACUUGCCAUUGGUGCAAACACUUGCCACAUACCACUUCCUUUUCUCUGUUUAAAUGAUGAAGUUCCAGUCAAUCUCUUUCUUUUUGAUGGUUCUCAUGUUCAGGAUGAAUCGGGCAUUUCUGCUCCUCAUUCAUUUGUUAUCAUUCAACAUCUUUGCAGAUUCAUCUGACGUCAGUAACGUACAAGUGUUCAGAGGACAAUCCAUCACUUUCUCCUGCAACAAAUCCAUUGGAAAUCUAACACAAGUGGUCUGGAACAACAGCAGAUAUAUGUAUGUUCAUGACAGAUCAAAGAAUACUACUUCAAAUUUUACUCAUCAUAGAUUUAACAUAGACACAAACUUUUCAAACUCAACAUUGACCAUAAUUAAAGCUGAAGAUGAAGAUGCUGGACUCUACAGCUGUACUUUAAGUGGCAAAAGAGGUACAAAGGUUUUUACAUGGAAUUUAACUGUGACUGAGAAUCCCAAAGGUAAAGAACUCAGUGGAUCAUGGCAUUUGUACACAUUACUCCCUAUAAGUGGUUUGCUUCUUCUUGGCUUCUCUUUGUUCAUCUGUCUCUGCCUAAAACGUAAGCGUAGGUCAUCAAACCAGGAAUCAGUACAAAACAGAACACUGUGUCCAGAUCCACAAGCUACAUAUGCAGAAAUACAGAUGGUGGUUCCUCAGUCACACAACGACAGUGACCAGUGGUUCAGUAACAGGCAGAGGAGUCGGUACAUGGAGAGGCUCAAUUCAAUUUAUGAUCCCAUCAGAUGACGAGCUUCAGCAAUGUUAUUUAAAACAUACUGUACAACCCAGAGAGAAUUAAACUGAUAUGAUCUCCCACAACAAACACUGCACAUCAGAGAUUAUGGCUGUGUGUAUUAAACUGUAACAUAAAUAAAAUAGAUUUAAUUUUGGAAUAUAUAUCAGCUUUUGUGGUUUGCCUUUUUAUAUGGAAUUUUAACAGUAAGUCACAAAUGUCCAGCAGAUGGCGAUAAAUAUCAAAAAUAAAAAGCCAAGAGGUUGUUUUAAUUUAAAAAAAGUUAUGUUAGUGCAUCCUGUCCAGCUG